AAGAGAGAGAGAGAGAGAGGGAGAGGGUGCAUAUAUUUGCAAAUGCUUGACACAUCAGUGUUGACAAAACGAGUCAUGUGACGACCAUGAAGAUGGCGCAGCUUAUGGUAUAUUGCAGGUUUCUCAGUAUUUUCUGAGACCAGCUCGACAGUUCGGACCGCGGAACGGUAUCGCGACCUAUUACCAACUAAUUACCGACCGAUUGAGCCCGUUCACGUUGGCUGAGUAGCCUAUUGUGGAUCAGCUGGACUUGAACGCGAUUGGCUGGAAAAGAGAGAAAAACAAAGAAAUUAAAUAAAUUAGCUUCGAGGGAAAAGAAACAUCUUCGUUUCACUUGAAAUGCGGCUGCAAUAACACCUUUUUGUAGAGACCAAAAAACCGCUCACUGUGUGCGUGCGAGCGUGCGUGCUUGCGUGAGCGAGUGUAUGUGUGUGUGUGCGCGUUACAUUAGGUGGACACGGAGACUGCAUCAGACUGAAGACACACGCCGGGUAAUAGAGCGGAGAUAUUGAGGCUUUGAUGGUCCUCCCCCCCCGCACACAUACAAAACGCCAGGAUACUGAUUAGGGUCGAGACAUGUAGUCCCAUGUAUGAGCAGCCAGGAGAAUUUAUAGCCUUUAGCUCUCUUUUUUUAGCAGCAUCAUCUCACGAUAUCGACAUAAUGUGGCUUGCUCUACCGGAGGGAAAAUAACCAAAUAUGUGGAUACCUACAGAAGAGGAGAAAAUCGGAGUUGUGAUCUGCAACUUCCGGUCAUCAAUAUGUCAGGCCCUGGUCCUGGAGAUUGGGGAAACUGUACAGAUUUUGGAGAAGAGUGAAGGUUGGUACAGAGGCUUUUCCUCCAAGAAGCCUUCUAUCAAGGGUAUUUUCCCAGUCAGCUAUGUCCACUUGAAGAAAUCCACAGUAACCAACAGAGGGCUGUGCGAGACGGUGGUGCCCCUUGAGGACCCUAUUAUCACAGAGACCACCUCCACACUGCAGGAAUGGGGGAUAUUGUGGAAGCAGCUCUAUGUGAAACACAAGGUGGAUCUAUUUCAUAAGCUGCGUCAUGUGAUGAAUGAGCUCAUCGACCUGCGUCGGCAGCUGAUCCAGGGUCACCUCGCCCAGGACCAGACUCGUGAGAUCAAGCGGCACAUCACUGUACGGCUUGACUGGGGCAAUGAACACCUUGGCUUAGACCUUGUUCCCAGAAAAGAGUUUGAAAUGGUGGAUCCAGAUCAGAUCAGCGUAUCAGAGCUACACAAACUGCAUAUAUCCAGCAGACACUGUGGUCAGCAAAGCACAAACCAGAGUGAUAGCACGAGACAGCGCCAUGGUGACGGUUGCCGUGUCCCUGUGUCGCACCACCUCUUCAUUAAUCUGAAGAGCUUUACUUACAACAGCAUCAGCGAGGAUGCAGACGUCUUCUUUUUUCUGUAUGACACUCGCGAGGCCAAACAGAUCAGUGAGAAGUUCAUGGUGAAACUGAACAAAAAUGGAGGACCAAAGAAUCCAGAGAAGGUUGAUCGUCUGUGUGCUCUCUUCACGGACCUGAGCAGUAAAGACUUGAAGAGAGACCUGUACAUUGUUGCACAUGUCAUAAGAACUGGUCGUAUGCUGCUGAACGACUCAAAGAAAGGCCCACCUCAUGUGCAGUACAGAAGACCUUAUGGCUGCGCUGUACUUGCCAUGAGUGAUGUUUUCCACACCAUCACAGACCUCAAAGAGGAGAAGGACUUUGUGCUCAAAGUUUACACAUGUAACAAUGAGAACGAGUGGUACCAGAUACAGGAGAACAUCAUUCGCAAGUCCAACACAAAGUACUCCGCUCCCAGCACCAACUAUGGCCUCAUCAUUUCCCUGCAGCUGCUGCGGGGUGAGCUGGAGCAGAUCAGACGGGAGAACCAGGCUGUGUUCAACAGGGCCCUGGCACUCACACGCAAACUGGGUUUCCCAGAUGUCAUCCUGCCAGGUGACAUACGCAAUGACCUGUACCUGACCCUAGAGCGGGGGGAGUUUGAGAGGGGCGGCAAGAGCGUCCAGAAGAACAUCGAAGUCACGCUCUAUGUGCUUUAUGCCGACGGGGACACACUCAAAGACUGCAUCAGUUUGGGCAGCGGGGAGCCCAACACAAGUGAAUAUCGCUCUUUUGUCCUUUAUCACAACAACAGCCCUCGCUGGAGUGAGAUGGUCAAGCUUCCCAUUCCCAUAGAUCGUUUCAGAGGAUCCCACCUACGCCUUGAGUUCAGACACUGCUCCACUAAAGACAAAGGAGAGAAAAAACUGUUUGGUUUUGCUUUCACUCCUCUGAUGAGAGAAGAUGGGACCACACUGUCAGAUGAAAGCCAUGAGCUAUAUGUGUACAAGUGUGAUGAAAAUGCUACCUUCAGUAACCAGGGCCUCUACCUGAGUCUGCCCUGCUGUAAAGAGGACUUCAACAGCUGCCCCAACCUGCCGGCCAACUUGCCCUUCCAGAGAAGCCCCAAAGAAACCUUCUGGGUCUCAACGAUACUAUGCUCCACCAAACUCACACAAAAUGUGGACCUUCUGGCUCUUCUGAACUGGAAGGCCCAUCCAGACAGGGUGUUGGACAUCCUUGGUCGAUUACGUCAGAUUAGUGGAGAGGAGAUUGUCAAGUUCUUACGAGAUGUCCUGGAUACGCUCUUCUGUCUUUUAGAUGACAACACUGAUAAAUACGGACCGCUGGUUUUCCAGUCACUGGUGUUCAUCAUUAACCUGCUCAGGGACAGCCGUUUCUACCACUUCAGACCUGUCAUGGACUCCUACAUCCAAAACCACUUUGCUGGAGCUUUGGCAUACAAAGAGCUGAUUCGAUGUCUGAAGUGGUACAUGGACCGCUCAGCUGAGGUCGUCCGACAGGACCACAUCCAGGAAGCCAUGAGGGCUCUGGAGUAUCUGUUCAAGUUCAUCGUCCAGUCUCGUAUCCUGUACUCGAGAGCCACCUGCGGGAUGGAGGAGGAGCAGUUCAGAGCGAGCAUCCAAGAGCUCUUCCAGUCCAUCCGCUUCGUCCUGAGUCUGGACAGCCGCAGCUCAGAGAACCUGGUGUUCACGCAGGGGUGUAAUCAGCUGCAUGCCUGUCUGUGGUCAUGCCUGGGGCUCUCAUCCAUCUCAGCGGCACUGUUGAACAGUUUCCCUGAUAUCUUUGAUGAGCUGCUGCAGAUGUUCACCGUUCAGGAGGUAGCCGAAUAUGUCAGGGGCACCCUAGGGAGCAUGCCCAGCACUGUGGACAUUGGCCAGUCUAUGGAUGUAGUCAAACUGCAGUCCAUUGCUCGUACAGUUGAGAGCCGCCUCUUCUUCUUCCCUGAGUCUCGAAGUAUUCUGUUGCCGGUGGUUCUGCAUCACAUCCACCUGCAUCUGCGCCAGCAGAGGGAGCUGCUCAUCUGUUCUGGGAUCCUUGGCAGCAUCUUUUCCAUAAUUAAGGCUAGCUCCAUGGAGUCUUCUGUUCAGGAGGAAGUGGAGAUGAUGGUGGAGAGCCUUCUGGAUGUGCUGCUGCAGACUCUGCUGUCCAUCAUGAGCAAGUCUCACUCUGUGGAGACGUCCAGAGGACAACGCUGUCCCCAGUGCACUGCCGAGAUAACGGGGGAGUAUGUUUCCUGUCUUCUCUCUCUGCUCCGGCAGAUGACAGAGAUCCAUUUUCACCAUCUACUCAACAACUUCCAUAGCAAAGAGGAGCUGAAGGAGUUCCUUUUGAAGAUCUUCUGCGUGUUCCGCAAUCUGAUGAAACUGACUAUCUUCCCCCGAGACUGGAGUGUCAUGAGGCUUCUUACUAGUCAUAUCAUCGUAGUGACAACACAGUUCCUGUCUCCGGCUCUGCACAAGAACUUCUCAGAGGCAGAUUUUGAUUUCAAGGUGUGGAACUCCUUUUUCAGCCUCACUGUACUGUACAUCAACCAGCCCAGUCUGCAGCUGGAGGCGCUCGGCCCGGCGAAGAGAAAGAAAGUCCUGGACAAGCAUGGAGAUAUGAGAGUGAUGAUGGCUUAUGAGCUCUUCAGCAUGUGGCAAAAAUUAGGUGACAACAAGCCCCACUUCAUCCCAGGAAUGAUGGGUCCCUUCCUUGGCGUCACACUGGUGCCUCAGACCGAGGUUAGAAAUAUCAUGAUUCCAAUUUUCCACGACAUGAUGGAUUGGGAGCAGAGGAAAAACGGCAACUUCAAACAGGUGGAAGCAGAGCUGAUGGAUAAGCUGGACAGCAUGGUGUCGGAUGGGAAAGGCGAUGAUAAUCACAGAGAGCUCUUCAGCCUUUUGACCCAGCUGUUUGGUCCUUAUCCAAGCCUGCUGGAGAAGAUAGAGCAGGAGACCUGGAGAGAGACAGGGAUCUCAUUCGUCACAUCAGUCACAAGACUUGUCGAGCGAUUACUGGAUUACAGGGACUGCAUGAAAGGAGAUGAGAUGGAGAACAAGAAAAUUGGUGGUUCUGUCAACCUCAUGAACUUCUACAAAUCAGAGGUCAACAAGGAGGACAUGUACAUCCGUUACAUCCACAAGCUGUGUGACCUGCAUCUCCAUGCAGAGGACUACACAGAGGCAGCGUUUACCUUGCUGCUGUACUGGGAGCUGCUGCAGUGGGAGGACCGGCCUCUCAGGGAUUUCCUCCACUACCCCUGUCAGAGUGAGUGGCAACGUAAGGAGAACCUGAGUCGUAAGAUCCUCCACUACUUCAACAAGGGCAAGUGCUGGGAAUAUGGAAUCUCUCUCUGCCGGGAGCUGGCUUUCCAGUACGAGACUUUAUAUGAUUAUCAGAGCCUCAGCUGGAUACGGAAAAUGGAGGCAGCGUAUUAUGACAACAUCAUUGAGCAGCAGAGGAUUGAGCCGGAAUUCUUCAGAAUGGGCUUCUAUGGCAGGAAGUUUCCUUUCUUCCUCAGGAACAAGGAGUUUGUCUGUCGGGGUUAUGACUAUGAACGGCUCGAGGACUUCCAGCAAAGGAUGCUGGGGGAAUUUCCACAAGCCAUCGCCAUGCAGCAUCCCAACCAACCUGACGACACCAUCCUGCAAAGCGACGCUCAGUACUUGCAGAUCUAUGCGGUGACUCCAGUGUCAGACAUCUCUGAUGUGCCUCAGCUGGAGCGUGUGCCCGAGAGGAUCAAGAGCUUCUACCGCAUAAACAAUGUCAGCCGCUUCCACUAUGACAGGCCUUUUCACAAGGGGCCCAAGGACCGCGAAAAUGAGUUCAGGAGUCUGUGGAUUGAGAGAACAACCCUGAUCCUCUCUCGUCCUCUCCCCGGGAUCUCCCGCUGGGCGGAGGUGGAAAGGAGAGAAGUGAUGGAGGUGAGCCCUCUGGAGAAUGCCAUUUAUGUGGUGGAGAAUAAAACCCAGGAGCUGCGGACUCUGAUCAGCCAGUACCAACACAGACAGCAUCAUGGCAACAUCAACCCGCUCAGCAUGUGUCUAAACGGGGUCAUAGAUGCUGCUGUGAACGGAGGCAUCGCCAGAUAUCAGGAGGCCUUCUUUGAUAAGGACUACAUCAGCAGUCACCCAGAAGACACAGAGAGAAUCACACAUCUGAAGGAUUUGAUGCAGGAACAGGUGCACAUUCUCGGAGUGGGGCUGGCUGUUCAUGAGAAGCUGGUGCAUCCAGAAAUGCGCCCCCUGCACAAAAAGCUUGUAGACCAGUUUCACAUGAUGAGGACAGGUUUACAUCAUUAUAUGGUUGGGUCCCAGCAGGGUGUGCCCGGCGUGGACCGAUUCAGCUCUGCAGGCUGCCAAGGGGUCAAUUCUCCCAGAGGCAUCCUCUCCUCCCACAGCCACAUGAGCCCUGAGAGUGUCCGCCUCAUACACAGACACAGCCCUCUGAAUCUUCAGAGUUCGAUUCGUCACUCGUCCUCCUCUCUGUCCUCACACACAUCGAGUGAGGCAGGAAACCUCGUCAUAAUGACCGACGGCCUGAUGGGGGAACACCCAGAGGAGGCAUUACACAUGCAGCCGAGCCCCUCCUCCUCCAGCCUGAGCUCAAUUCGCUCCAACUCUUCCCAGAUUAUUAACUCUGCUCCCUCAAGUGCCAGAGGCUCUCCAUCCUUGCCCGAUAAGGCCAAACACAACCGGGAAGUGAUGAUACUGUUGCCGUCUCAUCGUGAGAGGGUCAACAACUCGAUGUACUACAACAUGGCAGAGAAUGGACAGAACAACCACAUGCAGCGUGCCUUACUUCAGCAAAUUAGCCCCUGUAAGCCGUGUGCUGAUCCUCACAUGAAUCUACCAGAGAAAGUCUUUCCCAACGCUCCCAACAGCUGGAGUCUGGAUGGAGAGAACCGGGAGCAGGUGUCAUACAUGCCAGCUUCUAGCGGAGGGGUAAUCAUGCCCCCUGUCCCACCCAGGUCCUUCCCACCAGGACAUUUUCUGAUGCACUGUGAUGCGUUUCACCACCAGAACAGUGACCCUCCCCCUGCCCUGCCUGUCCGUUCACUUCGAAAGUCUCCUCUCCACCCGAUCCCUGGCUCCCCCACCAGUCCUCAGUCAGCUUUGGGUGGCAGUAACUCCACUCUGUCAGGCAGCGCCAGCAGCGGUGUUUCCUCUCUGAGUGAGAGUAACUUUGGAGGCCAGUAUCCAGACCCCGGCCCCAUCAGGAGUGAUGCAUUGGAGCCUCUUCCCAGCCACCUGUGGUCUCCCCCUGAUGAAUACCUGGCCUCUCCCUACCUGCACAUCCACUACGGCGGACCAGAGAUCGAAUCAGUGGACCAGGUCCGCCCCUUCCACUAUCGCAGCCCCGCCUCGCACCCGCACAACCACCCGCAUCCUCACGCUCACGCACACCCCGGACUUGACAGCCACUCCCACGGGCCGCCGCCUCACCAUCAUGCUCCCAUUCACGGCCCCCACCACAUCCCUUACCGCAGGCCUCAGCCUCCAGCCGUGCCACCUAAACCCUAUCUGAGAGAGGGCUGCAUCCCUGAAGAAGAGCUGCAACCUCAGCCCAUCCCACUGCCCCGCAGGAUCUUCCACUCCCCUCACGGCCACCGGGAGGACCAGGGGAAACACCCCUGGGAGCAGUGUAUCAGCGAGGAGCACGAGGAGACCCAGUGAUGAGGAGGCUCCAGCUAUACUCCAGUUAGAGCUUUCUUCUCCUUGUCUUCUUCCCCUCAUUUGCACUGAGUUAAAGGAGCAGUAACAGGAAGAGUCCAAUUUGAAGCCGUGGAGUGUGUUCAGUUGACCUUCUGUGAUUUAAUUUCAGUGCACAUGAAGGAAAGAAAAGAGUGAGUGAACCUCGAUGAAUCUACUGUACGAGGCACAACUGCCGUCACUGCUCCGUGUGGCCUCUUAGAUAUAACUAAAAGAAAUGUAUCUGUUGAACAAUAAGACAGAUUAACUCUGUUCAGAAAUUGAUAUUGAUAGUACACAAUUGUACAACUCGUCUGUGAGCAUGUUUUUCCAUUUGAGAAUAAUAUGACAACUGUUUUGUGAAAUACGACAACCAUCAUCAUAACCAACGUGAUCCCAGGUGCAGUAUAAGCUCUGAACUUUCUUAAUUUUGCUUUUAAUGGCACUUUCACAACACGAGGCAACAACCUUAUUAUUCACAGUGAAGUGACUUCUAUGCUUUAAAUGCUUCAUAUAUAUAUGAAUUCUUAUUUUGAUAAAUAAAUACAUAAUAUAAAAUACAUUAUAGUGUUUUUAAAAGCUUAUGUCCAUUAUGUUUUUCAAAACACUGUUAAGUGCUCCUUAAUAGUGAAUCAUAUCAAAUGGCGCACUCUGAUGUGUUGCUGCCGGGCUGUAAUUGCUCGCAGGUCUCUAAGGUUGGACUUGUAGCUCUCCUAUCAGACCGGCAUCUCAAGGGACACAAACUUCAGUCACUGACAAUUUCCCUUCCGUACCAAUGGGUAUGGAAACCUACGUGAAUGUAUUCAGAUGAGAUGUUUUAUUUGUAUUGCACAAGCUGCAAUGCUGUUUUUCUUUUGUUAAAGUGCUCUAAGUUCAGUCUAUGUUGAAGAAGUCUCUAUUUGUCUCUUUUAUGUGACAAAGAUAUCUCAAGAGGAAGAAGAGGGGAAACUAAGGACAGUGACAGACAUGUCAUGUUUCAUGUUCAUGGUGAAUGAAGAUGGGAUGGCACGAGAACUCUCCACACCUCAACCACCUGCUGGACUCUGAAAACUAACACCAUUCUCUCUCUCUUUCUCCCUCCAUCCUUUCCCUUCUCUGUAUGGUUGUCAGACCAUGUUAAGCAGUGAGAGCUGAACCUGGACAGUUGCAGUGGCAUUGCAUCUGAUGACACUGUCUAGAUCCCCGCCCGCUGAGUGGCAAGUUGAGGAGCCCACUCAGACAGCGUUGGAAUCGCCUACCUGCCUUAAGUGCACUCAAAUGCAGUUUGACCUCUCAUCUGGACUGUGAGAAGUUCAUUUAGCGACAGCCGUUCCCCUUUUCAUUCUGUUCACUAUAAGCUCCCUGAAGAAAAAAAAAAAAGAUAUCUACCUAGUGAUGUUUUGUAUGGUUUUGUCCCGCUUUGGUUUCAGGUUGUUGUUUGGUUUGUAGCGCUAAUAUUUCCUAUUCUGCCUGCAGCUCUUUCUCAAUCACCUUUCUGUUGUGUGAAAACUAAUGAUGUAUUUCAGAAGAAUGCUGAAGCCUGGACUGAGAGAGAAGUUUACUUUUUAGGGAGCAGAAGAACAGCGCUGCUUAUCACGAUGGGUUGGAAGGAUAUAGCUAAUAUUUUAACAAUUACUUGUUUUCCUGGUUGUUUCUUUUGCAGGUGGAUGCUUUGUGUUACUGUACAUCAAGUUGUCAGCUGACUAGACAACAUCUAUUUUUGUAUGUGAGAUCAUCAGUUUUGUGAACAUGUUUCAGAAACCGUACCGAGACAGAAGACCCAGGUACUGCAUCAGCUGUUAUACUUUGUAUGGAGAUGAACCUGAGGUUAGAUAUAUACAGUAUGUGAUUAUCUUUUGUGAGCCUGAUGGCACCGAGGAUAACUGGUAACUGAAGUGAUACUCAAAAUAUAGGUACAAUAGAAUUUUUCAAUGUAAAUUCUGUUAUUGUACAUACAGCAGUAUUGUGAAAUAUUUUUGAGAAUUAUUGCAGACGCCCUAAAAAGGUUUAUCGUUGUUUUGUGUAUAUACAUGUAUUCCAGAGAUCAGUGUAAUUGAUAAAUAUCUAUAAUCAGUGUUUGAAAAAGGACAAAUCCAUUAGACUGUGGCUGUCUCCACCGUUCUUGACUUUGAGUCUUCUCAUAUGAAUACUUUAUACACUUUUCAAUGUGCUUUCCUGUACAUAUGGUGUUAGCAUGAUCAAACAGUGUUUGGUUGUAAAAGUGGUUUUCCUACUCCCAUAACUGCUGUGGUAUGGAAUUCAUUAACGAUGCCAAACAUUAAAGACAAUCUUUUAUCAGCUCUAA